CAGAACUGUGCAUGGCACAGCAUCGGUGAUGUCAGAGCGCUAAUCUCUCUUGGGGGAUUGGCGGAUGGACGCUUGUCAGAAACAUUUGAUGCUACCCUGGAUGAAAGUCGUGGGAGGCAGAGGGAGAGACGGAGGCUGAGGCAGAGCCGGAGCUGUGCUGAGCUCCCUGCUCGUGGUUUUUAUGCUGCGCCCGUGGUGCUUUCGGAGCGAGGUUGCCGGCACACUCCAGCAUGGGAUGGAUGAGCUGAGGGGAGGGGGCUGAGGAGUGGAUAGGGUUUGACUUGGUCCACAGACAAGCUGACUCUGUCUUUCUUCGCUAUUCUCUCUUACUCUUCACACACAAUCCCAGACGCAUUCUCUGAGCUCAGACUUGGGCUCAGGCCCUGAGCCUUAGCCUCUCAUCUUACCACUGCCGCUAACACAAGGCGAGUUAGCGGGCAUCCUGCCCCAACCUUUAGGAGUCACCAUGCUUUCAGUGGACCAUGCUAAAGGAUUUAAUUAUCAGAGAACUGAUGAGGAGGCAGUGGUGGACCGCGGGGGCACACGCUCCAUGCUCAACACCAACUUUGAGAAGGAAGAGCUCGAAGGUCACCGCACUCUCUACAUCGGGGUCCAUGUGCCCCUGGGCAGGAGGUCGCACCGACGUCACCGUCACCACGGACACAAACACAGGAAGAGGUCCAAGGAGAGGGACUCCUCGGCCGAGGAUGAACGAGAAUCCCCCUCGCACACAGACACACCAGCUCAGAGGGUGCAGUUUCUCCUGGGGACAGAGGAUGGGGAUGAGGAACACAUCCCCCACGCCCUAUUUACCGAACUGGAUGAAAUCUGUCUCAGGGAGGGAGAGGACGCAGAAUGGAAAGAGACAGCCAGGUGGUUAAAGUUUGAGGAGGAUGUGGAGGAUGGCGGUGAGCGGUGGAGUAAACCAUAUGUAGCCACUCUGUCUCUACACAGUCUUUUCGAGCUCCGCAGCUGCAUCAUGAACGGCACUGUGAUGCUGGACAUGAGGGCCAACUCACUGGAGGAGAUUGCAGACAUGGUUCUGGAUCAGCACGAGGUGUCGGGCCCCGUCGGGCAGGAUGCCAGGAAGAGGAUCCGCGAGGCCCUGCUCAAACAGCACCACCACCAAAACCACAAGAAACUGGCCAACCGCAUCCCCAUUGUCCGCUCCUUUGCUGAUAUCGGCAAGAAGCAGUCAGAGCCUCAUUCCAUGGACAAGAAUGGCCAAACGGUCUCGCCUCAGUCCCAGCCGGCCAACAACGAGGGCAAACAGGACGUCAGCCGAGAAAACAGUGCUGUGGACUUCAGCAAGAUUGACCUCCACUUCAUGAAGAAGAUCCCUCCCGGUGCUGAGGCGUCCAACGUCCUGGUGGGGGAGCUGGAAUUCCUCGACCGCCCCGUUGUGGCUUUUGUCCGCCUCUCCCCCGCCGUGCUGCUCAACGGCCUGGCUGAGGUUCCCAUCACCACCAGGUUUCUUUUCAUCCUUCUUGGCCCUCUGGGAAAAGGUCCACAGUAUCAUGAAAUUGGCCGGUCUAUUGCCACGCUGAUGACUGAUGAGGUUUUCCAUGAUGUUGCGUACAAAGCCAAAGACAGGAACGACCUGGUGGCCGGCAUCGAUGAGUUUCUGGACCAGGUGACGGUGUUGCCCCCUGGAGAGUGGGACCCCUCCAUCAGAAUAGAGCCUCCCAAAAAUGUGCCCUCUCAGGAAAAGCGCAAGCUUCCUCCCGUUCCCAACGGUGUGACGGAUCUUGGAGAGUCAGAGGAACACGGAGGGCACGGUGGCCCUGAGCUCCAGCGCACGGGGAGAUUGUUUGGCGGCUUGAUCCUGGACAUCAAGCGAAAGGCCCCCCACUACCUUUCCGACUACACAGAUGCCCUGAGCCUGCAGUGUCUGGCCUCCUUCCUCUUCCUCUACUGCGCCUGCAUGUCACCUGUCAUCACCUUUGGAGGACUCCUGGGGGAGGCCACAGAGGGUCGUGUGAGCGCUAUCGAGUCCCUGUUCGGAGCCUCCAUGACUGGAAUAGCCUACUCUCUGGUAGCGGGUCAGCCUCUCACCAUCCUGGGCAGCACGGGCCCUGUUCUCGUCUUUGAGAAGAUCCUCUUCAAGUUCUGCAAGGAGUAUGGCCUCUCCUACCUCUCCCUGAGGGCCUGUAUUGGCCUGUGGACGGCCUUCUUCUGUCUGCUGCUGGUGGCCACUGAUGCCAGCUCGCUUGUCUGUUACAUCACACGCUUCACUGAGGAAGCUUUUGCUUCACUUAUCUGCAUCAUCUUCAUCUACGAGGCCCUGGAGAAGCUUCUCCACCUGGGGGUGCAUUACCCCAUCAAUAAAAACAACAAUCUCCAGACGCUCACACAGUACUCAUGUGCGUGUGUGGAGCCCAGAUACCCCAGCAAUGAGACUCUACAGUUCUGGGAGGAGAGGAACGUCACAUCCUCACAUGUGAACUGGACCAUGCUGGAGGUCAAGGAGUGCGAGAUGUUGCACGGCGAGUUCGAGGGCACCGCCUGUGGCCCCCACGGGCCUUACAUCCCCGACGUCCUCUUCUGGUGCGUGCUCCUCUUCUUCUCCACCGUCUUCAUGUCCGCCUUCCUCAAGGAGUUCAAGACGAGUCGUUACUUCCCGACCAAGGUUCGAGCCAUCAUCAGCGACUUUGCCGUCUUCAUCACCAUCCUCACUAUGGUUCUUGUAGAUUAUGCCCUGGGGAUCCCCUCACCUAAAUUACAGGUCCCCGACAAGUUCAGACCAACCAGAGAUGAUCGUGGCUGGCUCAUAAACCCUGUGGGGCCCAACCCCUGGUGGACCACCAUCAUCACCUUCAUCCCAGCUCUGCUCUGCACCAUCCUCAUUUUCAUGGACCAGCAGAUCACGGCCGUCAUCAUAAACAGGAAGGAGCACAAACUGAAGAAAGGCUGUGGCUAUCACCUGGACCUGUUUGUGGUGGGGGUGAUGCUGGGAGUGUGCUCUGUGAUGGGCCUGCCGUGGUUCGUGGCAGCUACCGUGCUCUCCAUCUCCCACGUGAACAGCCUGAAGCUGGAGUCUGAGUGCUCCGCCCCCGGGGAGCAGCCCAAGUUCCUGGGCAUCCGAGAGCAGCGAUUCACCGGCCUCAUGAUCUUCACGCUGAUGGGCUGCUCCGUCUUCAUGACCUCCGUGCUGAAGUUCAUCCCCAUGCCCGUGCUGUACGGGGUCUUUCUCUACAUGGGGGCUUCCUCACUCAGAGGUAUUCAGUUCUUUGACCGACUGAAGCUGUUCGGCAUGCCGGCCAAACAUCAGCCAGACUUCAUCUACCUUCGCCACGUCCCUCUGAGGAAGGUACACCUCUUCACCAUCGUCCAGCUCACCUGCUUGGCCCUGCUGUGGAUCAUCAAGACGUCCAAAGCUGCCAUCGUCUUCCCCAUGAUGGUCCUGGCCCUGGUGUUCAUCCGUAAAGUGUUGGACUUCAUCUUCACCAAGAGAGAGCUGAGCUGGCUGGACGACCUGAUGCCCGAGUGGAAGAAGAAGAAGUUGGAGGAUGCGGCAGAAGAGGAGGAACACAGUAUUAUUGUAGAGGAGGAAGGCAUUGUGCAAUUGCCACUGGAGGGCCACUACAAGAGUGACCCAGCCACAGUGAACAUCACUGACGAGAUGUCCAAAGGUUCCUUCGGGAAUGUAUGGAAGAGCGUCAGCCCUGUGGAGAGCACCAAGAAGGAACCAAGCGCUAAGAGUUGUUCCAAAGGUGGCGAAAAGCGCGAAAAGCGCCAGAAGCGGCGGAGGCACGACAAGAGCUUGGACAGGGAGACAAGUUUGUGAUGACACAUACUGGCGGUGCCAUUGUGCUGUCGAUCAGUCGAUCAAAAAACUAAAAAUCUGUACCGUGCCACACUCAAUCACCUUUGUACUGUGCUACACUGUGUUUUUGUCAUGUAAGUCUGUGUGCAAGUUGUGUAAAACUACAAAUUUGUUAGAAACAGUAUUAAUGCUGAGGAGCCGAGACACAUCUGUGUUCUUUUUCUAUGUAUUUCAGUGUUUGGUGAUACCAGCAACAAUAAGAAUCCAGAAUUAUACGACACUUACAGUAACUGCUGUGUUGACGGGCCAAUUACAUAAAAAUUUUAAACAAUUUUUAAAUCCA